AUGGAACGUCUGCUGUAUUCGCCUAGGAGAGCGGAUGUUGUGGAACAUCGAUAUCGUUCCACGCAUCCUCCUACAUCACAUUCGGCUGUGCUGCUGAUACCCAGCGUUGGCGCCAAGUCAGCCGCGGUGCUGCACAGAAGCAAUGGGACUGUGGGGCUCGAAUUUAGACCAGCGCUAAAAUCAGCACGUUCUUUUGAUGAAAGCCAUAAUUUCGUCACCACAACAACUCUGAAGAUGAAUGCGAAAGAGGUGCUGCGUGGCCUGAACGACAGGUUCUCGGGAUUUAUAAACAAGGUACGUCAUUUGGAGAGCCAAAACAGGGAAUUGGAGAAAGAAAUCCAGGUAAUAAAGCAGCAGACACAAAGCACUGCAUCACUUUCCAAACAGUAUGACCCAGAGCUGAAGGAACUGAGAAAGCUAGUAAACGACAUUAGCCUUCAGAAGAAUCAGGUUGAACUUGACUAUUGUAGUUUAGAGGACGAUUUUCAUUCAAUACAACUCCAAUAUGAGAAAGAAGUUCGAACCAGGUCUGAGGCCGAGAAUACAAUAACCGUGCUAAAGAAAUACAUCAGUGACGCAAAUGAUGUGAAAAUGGGACUGGACAAAAAAGCACAAAGCCUUCAGGAGGACAUCAAAUUCUUGAAGAAAAACCACGAGGAGGAGGUGGCAGAGAUGGUGGCUCAAAUUAAAGACGCACAGGUAACAACACCUGAAACGGUGGACUUCGGCAAGGGGGACAUCACCUCUGCCCUGAGAGACAUCAGAAUUCAGCUUGAAGGUCACGCGGUGUCCAACAUUCAAGAUGCUGAGGCAAGUUUCCGCGCGCAGGCAGCACGGCUGACCAAAGACGCCGAGGUCAGUAGGGAGGCUGUCAUAGCCACAAGACAGGAGAUAAACGAACACAGGCGCCGACUGCAGUCCAAGAGCACUGAGCUGGACUCCGUCAAGGGUAUGAGGGAAGCCCUUGAAAAACAGCUGUAUGAUCUCGAGGAACAGCAAGAGACUGAAAUCAAUCAGUAUCAGGGUACCAUAAGACAGCUGGAACAUGAACUUCAUAACUCCAAACAUGACAUGGCUGAGCAUCUUCAGGAAUAUCAAGACCUCCUCAAUGUGAAAAUGGCCCUGGAUGCAGAAAUCUUUUCUUACAGGAAACUCCUGGAGGGAGAAGAAUGUCGCUAUUCCAUUGUGACAGACGCCAGCGUGUCCGUUCCGUACAUUUACAGGCAGUCUCCAGUCUACACUCUACCGUGUAUGGGAAGGCAUGGGGGAACAACACGCAGAGCUGAGCCCCAGUACAAGUUUGUCGAGGAGAUCAUUACGGAAACGACGAGAGAGGAUGUGGAAAUAAUCGACACCGAUUCAGAUGAAACUCUUGGUGACGUGGAUAAACUGGACCAACUGAGCAGUGAGGAGGAACCAGAUGCGGGAGUAGGCCUACAGGCUGAGGAGGAGGAGGAUGAUGAUGAGGAGCAGGCCUUUGACCAGCUCUCAGAGGAGGCACCGGUAAGCACAGAGCAUGGCACACAUGCCACCGAGUGUGUAACUGAUGGAACUGAAGACAAGUCAGACAAGACCCACCAUCAAAUAGACACCAUGAAAGAUCAGAAAGACCCGGUGAAACUCACGCAGCCCAGCGCCAGUGACACUUUCAAGAAAGACGGGGCCAAAACAGAACAGGGCCAAACCAGGGACGAACCUCAGGAAAUCAAGGAUACCAAGAAACUCCCAGUUCUGACAGAGAGUACAGGGAAUGACGAUACCAAAAAGCAGUCUGCCUCGGCAGACGAGCACAAACGUGUUGCUGACAGCCUUCAUGAUGGUGAAGAGAUGUCUGCUGGGUCAUCAUCAUCAGCCGCCGAUGCUAAUGCAGACAGUAAAACAAUCAGCGAGAAAACGACUGACAGUAGAGGAAUGGCAGCCACAAAAGUGACAAAAGACACACCAAAGUCAUCCAAUGGUGGCAAUGCAGUAGAUGCAAAGAUAAAAGAAAAAAAUGACGCUAAUGUAUCAGCAGCUGCUGAAAGCACACCAAUUCAAGGCCUCUCCAUGACAGCAAAGGAUGCCGAAAAAAGCUCAACCACCCAUGCACAGGAAGCCAAAGCCAAAGGUGACAUCUCAGAUGUGGGACUUGGUGUGAAGGUCACCGUGGAAAAAACAAAAGUAAAGGGAAAGACAUCAAGUGAUCCAGCAGUGGGAAGAAAGGGCGCAUCCGAAACCAAGUCAACAGAAAAGGGCAGUGCUGGAAAGACUGUGGGAACUGCCCAACAGGAACCCAGCAGUAAGGCCAGUUACAUCAGCAGCAAGGAUGCCACACAGAGGGAAGGAGACCAGAAAAGUCAACUGGCGAAGACUAAAAUUCAGAUAACGUUACCAAGAGCUGACGAGGUCAGUGAUGAACAGGGUAAAGAAACAAAAGCACAGGAGAAGUCUGGAGAAAAACAUGCUUCAAAGAUGGACACUGACCAGAAAAAUAAAGAUGCUAAAAACACUAAGGACAAAAAACCUUUCAAGUGAUCAGAGGUUGUUAAAAAAACAACUUAGCCAUAAAGCAGAUGUGAAAACAUAAGAGACAAAAUGAGUCAAGACAGAGGUUGUCUUCCCAUUAAAAAUGGCUGAGGUGAGGUUGCAUUGCAUGAUUACGGCAAUUCUGCACAAGCAAAUCUGAAAGGUCAUGGCUGGAUUCCUUGCCCAUUGCUGUGGGAGCUUAUUACUGCAAACUUGUGCAUGUUUAAAUAGCAACCUGCAUAGGGAACACAUGAAUGUAUGACCCAAGAUAUUUCAAUCAGUGCCAUCCAUUACCUAUUUGUUAGAAUGCGCUAAGUCAAUAAAGGUAACUAAAGCAUACCUUGACCUCCUGAUUUGAGAUACGCAUUUAUUACAACCUCAGUGUUUGCAUGUUUCAAUACACAUUUCUCUACUAUACUGACUUGUUCUUUUUUUAAAUCAUAAUCUAAGGCCACAU